AUGGUUGAAUUGGAAAAAGUGACGCAAUUUAAGUCACAAUUGAAAUGUUUUAACGAAUAUACAACACCCGAUGGACCACGAUUUGUUUGCAAACCUUGUAAAAGUCGGCCUCUGAAGAAUAAAGUCAAACAUUCAAGGCUCGGCAACCAUCUGUCAAAAGCAAAGAGCUAUUACAUUUCACUCGAGAAGGAGAGGCUUUCUUGUACCGGGAAUUCUACUGUUGGCCAUAACGUACAAUCACAAGGAGGUCCUAGUAACAGUACUGGCUGGGAAGAAGAGGAAAACUUGAAUCAAGAUUUCGAGGAGAUGUUUCUAGAUAGGAAUUUUGGUAAUGCAGAAGAUGAUACUCACAUGGAAAUCAACAGUCCGCCCAAUGAUAUGCCGCCUCCAAUUGAAGAAUUUGACGAACCCGCCUUGGCCAAGGAAUACUAUGACUCUGACGACGAUCGGGAACUAGAUUGGACUGAUAUGCUACCGGAAGAUGACGAUGAUCAGUGCUCAGAAAAAGAGGAGAGGAAAGAGGAAAAGAAAGAAGAUGAAAAUGGAGAAAACUCAGCUUGGCAUCCCUUCCGAAAUAAACUCGAACUGGCCAACCCUUUAGUUAAUCCACAUUUAGAUUUUUUUCCCAUUGAUGCCGAAGGGAAAGAUAUUUUCAAGCUAUCACAGUCCCGGAGAUGGUUGGAAGACUUUUCGCGCACUCAACGCGUCCAGAUGUGUGUCUCAAAUAAACAGCAUUACUACAUUUUUGAACCGGUAAUGCAAAAAUCCUCCUCAGAUAUUAUUGUUCCUAUAUUUUUCUAUAAGUACAAAUGUUCUACUUAUUCGAAGUGCUUCAAGCCAUCCAUUACCUCAAGUACCGGCGGCGGCAAUGAUAGCUUAGUAAUCCAGAUUCCAUCCAACAUUCGGUUCGAAGACCCUAAUUUGAUAACAUUACCCGUUGGAAAAUUGGGAUCAAUUUACUCGGAAAUAAAGACUAAGAAGGGAAAGAAAUUGGCGGAAGUUUGCGGAAGUUUCAUGGAAGUUGAAAAAGUGACAAUGAAAUACCUGAGGGAGUUCUUACAGAUUAGCUCGCAUGGAACUCAGGCUUUCAAUCAACACCGGUAUUGGCCUAAGAUGAUCAAAGAUUCCGAGGCAAUCUGGGAAUUGGUGAAAAAGAAGAAAAGCGAAACAGCAUCCGAUAAACUUUCAAUUGAACGUGGCGUUUGA